UUUUUUUUUUUUUUUUUUUUUGUCUCUCUGCUUACGUGCGCCCAUUGGAUGGCAGCUGUGCACCCUGCACAUGGACCGAAUGCGAUUGUUUUUUUUUCUCUUCCAGCCACAUCAGCCCGGGUCUACGGUAAUAGACCAUCAUCGUUCAGUGGCCAAAUUAUUGAUCGUUGUCCCCAUCUUCUAAAUUCCAACGGUUCCAAACCGCCCCGAGCAUUUAAAAUAGGCACCACAAAAGAUUGGCUUCCACCAAUACAACAUAAAAUACAGUACACAUCGAGAGACCUACCUCGAUUACCACUCCCAAAUCGAGACGGGGUGGCUUAUAGAGUGAGGGGGGUGUGCCAAAACAUCAGCGCGGGACAGGAAAGAAGGAGGUGUGACGAGCCGGGAGAUGGUCAAGCGAGCCACAUCUUCCAACGCGAUGCAAGCCCUGUCGAUGGGUCUUAGCUCUCCACCACAAGGGCUCAAGGGUUUGCACAAACCCUUGCGCUCUUCUGCACCCCGGC